AUGGGAGGCUACGCAGAGGCCGGGUGGUUUGAUUUGCUUCGGGUGUGGAGGCAAGGAUCACAAGUAGCCGGUGAUGUUAGGGCCCUAGGUGCGGGUGUUCCAACAGGUGGAGUCCCGGGUGUCGACCUUGCGGCUUUGCUGGCACAGUUGAUUGAGCGGUUGCCGCUUGUGGCACCGGCUCAAGCUCGGGAGUGUGAGAAAGGCUUUGCAAACCUGAAGGAGAUGUUGACUACUGCUCCGGUGUUGGCUUUGCAUGAGCAAGAAGAACCCUAUGUGUGUAUCGAUUACAGGGGUUUGAACCGGGUCACUAUGAAGAACAAGUACCCUCUUCCGAGGAUCGAUGAGUUGUUGGAUCAGUUGAGAGGUGCUACUUGGUUCUCCAAGAUAGAUCUGGCGUCGGGUUAUCAUCAGAUCCCGAUAGAUGAGGCAGAUGUGAGGAACACUGCUUUCAAGAAGAGGUAUGGGCAUUAUGAGUUUGUGGUGAUGCCUUUUGGGUUGACUAACGCACCGGCUGCGUUUAUGAGAUUGAUGAACAGCGUGGUUCAGGAGUUUCUGGACGUGUCUGUCAUCAUUUUCAUUGACAACAUCCUGGUCUAUUCUAAGAGUCCUGAGGAGCAUUCAGUGCAUUUGAGGGCAGUUCUGGAGAAGCUGCGGGAGCAGAAGUUGUUUGCUAAGUUG